UAAUUUUUGUAUUUUUAGUAGAGACAGGUUUCACCAUGUUGGCCAGGCUGGUCUUGAACUUCUGACCUCAAGUGAUCUGCCUGCCUUGGCCUCCUGAAGUGCUGGGAUUACAGACGUGAGCCACCAUACUCAGCCAGAUAUUCUUUGGAUUCAUAAGGUGUUGCAGUCCCCAGAUAUAUCUUGUGUUUGAAGCUGUUGACUAGAGUUAUAUUUUAAGAUCCUCUGUGGAUUUCUUUUAUCUGUGUGUUUAUCUGUUCUCCAUUCUAAACUAUAAUUAAAAAUGUGCUAUCAUCAGAUCCCCAAAGUGGUUGGAAGAAUGCGCCUAAAUUGAGCUGUCAGACACUUGGCUGCAUAACCGUGCUUUCUGGAUUGUGGGGUUGAAGUGCCAUCCUGUGUGCUUUCUCCUGAUGGCUGUCAUGUACUUGCCUCUGAGAACAGUGUAUGGACCUGCAUGGGCACUAAUCAGUCUUCCUAGCAGACGUGCUGUUUCUCUGAUCGUAUGCAGCUGGAUCCUCUGAGAAGAGAGUGGGCCUUUCCCCUCAAUGGGCAAAGAGCCAGCUUCCAUUUUAAAAGCUCAGAAAAAAAAAAAAAGAAAGAAAAAUACCAACAACCCAGAGCCUGUGUUUAUUGAAGGUUGGUCUAAAAGUCUCUCACGUCGUAUGCCCCAUCAGCACUCGAGUGCCUCUAUUUCAGAAGGAUGUAAAGGUUUAAUCACCCUGGUGGGGAUUUAGACCCAGAGACUUCAGAGAAAUCUUAUUAUUUCUAACUGCAGGCAAAGAGUAUUAAGGCUCCACUCUGGAUCAGGGACAUGACAUGUUCUAUAAGUAAUUUAUCUUUAACAGGGACAGGCCCAUGCUAGAGUGUCUUAGAAACAGGAUGGUGAUUGGGCACUGGUUCACUGUUCCUCCUUUUCUCUUUCCCAUCUCAGUGUCCUGCUUAUUCUUUUCAUCUGACCCUUUUCUGCCCAAUCUGUGCAGUGUCUGAAUGCCUGCCCCACAAAUCCUCCUUUUAAGAUGGGGAGCCAGGUGCUUGCCAAUGGAGAUAAUAAGGUUUUUGCAAUAAGUGACCUCAUCCAGCAGCCUGGUGCAGACCUGUCAACUGCAGACUCCCGAAUGGGUCCUACCUGCAGCCCUUCUGAUGGAGGAGCUGUGGGAGGAGAGGAUACCAUAGGCUCCAUGGGCACUCAGGUCUGUGCUCUUGGACAUAAAGUAAUUUGGGGCCAUUUUGAAUCCCAGCCCCAGCCCUAUGGCUACCUUCACAGAGGCCAUUUCCACUCCAGCCUUUUGUGCCCUGUGCACAUCCAUAGCAAUGUUGCUGAGCCUAUGACUCAUCUGGAUGGCCCACUCCCAACCCCCUUCUUGCCUAGCUCCCUCGGUUUUGCCUUUCUGGUCCUGAGGCUGGAGGAUGUCACAGAGAUGGGCAGCAGCGAACCCCUUCCCAUCGAAGAUGGUGACAGGAGGAAGAAGAAGAAGCGGAGGGCCCGGGCCGCUGACUCCUUGCCAGGAAAGUUUGAAGAUAUGUACAAGCUGACCUCUGAAUUGCUUGGAGAGGGAGCCUAUGCCAAAGUUCAAGGUGCCGUGAGCCUGCAGAAUGGCAAAGAGUAUGCUGUCAAAAUCAUCGAAAAACAAGCAGGGCACAGUCGGAGUAGAGUGUUUCGAGAGGUGGAGACGCUGUAUCAGUGUCAGGGAAACAAGAACAUUUUGGAGCUGAUUGAGUUCUUUGAAGAUGACACAAGGUUUUACUUGGUCUUUGAGAAAUUGCAAGGAGGUUCCAUCUUAGCCCACAUCCAGAAGCAGAAGCACUUCAACGAGCGAGAAGCCAGCCGAGUGGUGCGGGACGUUGCUGCUGCCCUUGACUUCCUGCAUACCAAAGGCAUUGCUCAUCGUGAUCUGAAGCCAGAAAAUAUAUUGUGUGAAUCUGCAGAAAAGGUGUCUCCAGUGAAAAUCUGUGACUUUGACUUGGGCAGUGGGGUGAAACUGAACAACUCCUGUACCCCCAUAUCCACACCAGAGCUGACCACCCCAUGUGGCUCUGCAGAAUACAUGGCCCCUGAGGUGGUGGAGGUGUUCACAGACCAGGCCACAUUCUACGACAAGCGCUGUGAUCUAUGGAGCCUGGGCGUGGUCCUCUACAUCAUGCUGAGCGGCUACCCGCCCUUCGUGGGUCACUGUGGGGCUGACUGUGGCUGGGACAGGGGUGAGGUCUGCAGGGUGUGCCAGGACAAGCUGUUUGAAAGCAUCCAGGAGGGCAAGUAUGAGUUUCCUGACAAGGACUGGGCACACAUCUCCAGUGAGGCCAAAGACCUCAUCUCCAAGCUCCUGGUGCGAGAUGCGAAGCAGAGACUCAGCGCCGCCCAAGUUCUGCAGCACCCAUGGGUGCAGGGGCAAGCUCCAGAAAAGGGACUCCCCACGCCGCAAGUCCUCCAGAGGAACAGCAGCACAAUGGACCUGACGCUCUUCGCAGCUGAGGCCAUUGCCCUUAACCGCCAGCUAUCUCAGCACGAAGAGAAUGAGAACGAACUAGCAGAGGAGCCAGAGGCACUGGCCGAUGGCCUCUGCUCCAUGAAGCUUUCCCCUCCCUGCAAGUCACGCCUGGCCCGGAGGCGGGCCCUGGCCCUGGCAGGCCGUGGUGGAGACGGGAGCCCACCCACAGCACUCUGAAAUGCUCCGGUCACGCCUUAUAGGCCCUAGGCCUGGCCAGGCAUUGUCCCCCUCAAAACCUGUGUGGCUGAAGUCUGCAGAGCAGGCAGCAGGGUCUGCUCUGUGGCUCCAUUCAGGCUUUUUCCAUCUAUAAAGGCCCUGAAGUUCCCACCAACCCCCCAUUUCCCCUGGGUCCUGGAGGAAAAAGCUUUUUCCAAAGGGGUUGUCUUUGAAAAGGAAAGCAAUCACUUGUCACUUUGCAUAAUCGCCUGCAGCAGGAACCUCUCUGUGCUGGGCUCCGCCUUCUCACCCGCCUGCAGAUCUGGGAUCUGGCCUGCUCUCACCGCUGCAGCGACGGCUGGGGCUGCAGCCUGCAGGGAGAAGCGAGAAGCAUCAGUUGACAGAGGCUGCCGACACGUGCCUCUUCCCUCUCUGCUCUGUCACCCUCCUCUGGCGGUCCUUCCACCUUCCUCUGUCCUCCGGAUGUCCUCUUUGCCCGUCUUCUCCCUUGGCUAAGCAAAGCCAUCCCCUCAAUUCAGGGAAGGUCCAGGAGCCUUUCUCAUUCAGGAAAUCAGAUCAGUCUUCCAGUCUGCAGCACGGAGAAGCACAUAAUCUUUCUUUGCCGUGACCAAAAUGUGUCCCUCAUUUAUCAUCCCCUUUGUUUGUGAUUGCUGCUAAAGUCAGUAUUAUUUCUUUUUUUUAAAAAAAAGUUUGGUUUUUUUAACCAGGCUGUUCUAGCAAAGAUGGGACUUUAAACUCCCACUCCAAGCCCAUGGACUUCCCAGAGAGAGUAACGGCUUGCUCUUCUUUCUGGAAUGUCCAUGCAUUUUGGUUUUAAUCAGCUGUUCUCUGGUUUUAACUGAUUUUAAAGCUGUUCCUAUGACAAACUUAGAGAUAGCGUUGGUGUCUGCUGCUGUGUCCCCAGGUCCUUGUGUGGGUGGCACAGAUCUGGGCAGUUAGGUGGAGCUCUGUGCCUGAGGUGAAGCCACACGGGGGGCAAGGCGGGGGUCAGCCUCACUGCCCUGGUUUGAGCGAUGCGGUGCCUGCUGCCGGAGCGUGUGAAGGUACAGCCAUUCAGAUAAGCUGAGCUAUUGAGUUACAUAGAGAAAAUAGAUUUGCAUGUGUCAGGCAGACAUUUAUACACCACCACGGUGCUUUUAUACAUUGUGCUUGUUUUAAUAAAACUUAAAUUCUAGCUGUGGC